UGUUUCACGCUCGCUGUCUGAGCUCCUGCGCUUUCUGUUUCUGUUUCAGCAGAAUUCUUCAGUAGGAAUUUCCUCAAAGCUUCGAUGUGAAUCUCACACACAGAUAAAGACCUGAAGACCGCAUACUACACUACUAUCUGACUGCUUCCACAUGCUGCUUAGUAAGUAAAUAUGCUUGUUUUUGUAUCCUGACCACGCCAAUAAUUUCGUCAUCAGCGCUUACGUCGAGAAAAUCAGCCAAGUUUAGAAAAAAAGUAUUAUUAUUUUUACAUAGCUGAACACAUGAACAAAUACAAUAACACAUAAUACAUUUAUUCAUACACAUAAUAUAAACUAUAACUAUUACACACGCAGGCACACUCCUUAUCAGUAUGUGGUUUUGCAGUGGUAUUUGGUAUUUGUGGUUGGUUUUUUUCAGAAAGUGAAUUUCGAUUCGUACUUUCCUUACAUUGUACAUCUCGCUUGCCUAUAAAUGAUGAGCAUAACAGCUCAGAAGAUGGUGAGAGUAAAGUAUAGAGCACUUCACACUCUUAUUAAGAGUAAGGGUCUGCUGGACAGAAAAGUAGAGUGUGUAUACUGGGAAUACAAUGUUUGUACGUUUGGUGCACCUUUGUGUCAUUUUGACUUUGUGCAGUGUGAGCUCUGGCUUCAGCUGCCGAUGGAUCAAUCUUAAAUUCAAGCAGCACCAUGAGACAUGUUUAGCACUGCUUAGAGAAAUGGGGGAAGAAUUUAGCACCAACUCGUCCAUUCCAGAUAACUGGCAUCACUGGUUCUUUAACCAAAGCUAUUCUCAGCCAGAGAAACAGAUCGGGUUCAUCAUUCAGUCUCUGGAGGAGAUUUCUCGGUUAUUGGAAGAGUCAGACAAUGUUUCCUGGAACAAGGACAAGCUGGACACUUUGUUACAUAUGCUGGAUCUGCAGGCCAACGGACUUCGUUCAUGUCUUGAUCACAAAGUGAAAAAGAGCAAAAGAUUGCCCUUGUACUUCAAACGACUAAGAGAUCUCACCAAGAAUGACAAGGAGAAGAAUGAGGCCUGGGAGGGGAUCAGAAAAGAACUGCUUCAACUUUUUGGGCUGCUGGACUUCUUCCCUGCUGUCUCUGUGAAUAAUGACAGCAUGUGAAUAAAGGAGAGUCAAUGAGUCAAAUGCUUAUUUAAUGCUUUUGUGUUCAAAAUGUUCAAAAUGUGUUAUGCAUUUUCUAUGCUACAUUUUUUUUCCAUGAAGUUUAAAGUUAAAUGAACUUUAUAUGCUCUUUAUUUAAUCUUACUGAUUUUUUAUUUAUUUAAAUAUGUAUAUUUUUGUUAAUUAAAAAAAAGGUCAUAUGCUGUACUUCUUAUUUAUGCCUUUAGGCUAUUUAUAACCUUAUUGUCUUAUUUAUUUAUUUAUUUAUUUAUUUGUAUCUUUAUUAUAUGUGUAUAUUUUUAUAUUAUGCAGCUGGACUGUAAAAAUCUUGAGAAUGAUUUGAAUGAACAAUAAGUGAAUUUUUAAUGAAAAUAUUAAAUGUCUUAAAUUUAAAUGGAAAAAUGUCCAUUAUUACAAUGAGGACUCAGUGGA